AAUGAUUUUAUUGCGGAGAGCGAAGAACUCGAAUCCAGCUCUCAAUAAAUUAAAAAAAAAAAUAUUGCGCGGAUAUCUCUGUUUUCUUAUAGAGAUAGUGUUUUUAUUAUUAUUAUUUCUAAUUUAAAAACAUGUAUGAAAAGAUUAACAAAAAUGGCUCUACCAUAUGAUAUGUUGUUACAUCCAGAGCUACUGUCGAACGAUCAGUUAAUGCAAAUCAUCCUAGAGAGGCAUCUACGAAUAGAAAAUUUGCAAAAGAAAUCUAGAUAUGACCUUUUAGAUUUGUUUCACCAAUAUUGCGUUCCUUAUGGACAGAGAAAAUACAGAGAUUCUGGCAGAGGAAAAAUAUUAAACGAAUUCCGUAUGUCGAACGCGAAUUCGCCGACAGACUUGGAUAUAAUCAACAAUAAUUAUAUUAACAGAAAGAAGACAUAUUCAAACUGUGAGAGGUUAAAACCCUCAUCAGAUGUUUUGUCUGGGCAAAUGAAGAGGAUCAAACUAGACGGCAACAGUACCACUGGUAAUAGUGUUACUAAUAAGAGAAAAAUGUCAGUUGACACGGUCAACACAUCCGAGUGCCCGCCAACUAAAAAAGAGAGGAAGCCAAUAACAUGGCCAUAAAAACACAAUGUUGAAAUUUUUGAAACCAUGUCACAAUUAAUUUAAUAAUAUACUUUAAUUAUUUAAAACUCCUGCCAAUGAGAGAAUGACACAGUUUCUAAGGUACUUUUAUUAAAUGUCUAAUUUCAAUUAAAUGUUAGAUUGAACAAAUAAAUAGUAAUGGAAGAGA